AUGGGCAAGAAACGCGUUCUCUGCACCUACGGCAUCGACAUUGAUGCCGUCGCCGGCUGGCUCGGCUCCUACGGCGGUGAGGACUCCACCAGCGAUAUCUCGCGCGGUCUCUGGGCCGGCACCAUCGGUGUUCGCCGCCUCCUCAAGCUCUUCGAAAAAUAUAACAUCAAAACCACCUGGUUCAUUCCCGGUCACUCUCUCGAGACGUUUCCAGAGGAAUGCGCCAUGAUCCGGGAUGCCGGGCACGAGAUCGGCCUACACGGCUACUCGCAUGAGAACCCUGUGGACAUGAGCUGGGAGCAGCAGCGCGACGUCCUCGACAAGUCGUUCCGCCUCAUCACCGAGUUCUGCGGUAAGCCGCCGCGCGGCAACGUCGUCCCGUGGUGGGAGUGCUCAGCGGAGGGCACGGAGCUGCUUCUCAAAUACGGGAUCGAGUACGACCACUCGAUGUCGCACCACGACUGUCAGGCCUAUUACCUGCGCAAGGGCGACUCGUGGACCAAGAUCGACUACACCAAGAGCGCUGACGAGUGGAUGAAGCCGCUCGUUAGGGGCGAAGAGACCGGGCUUGUCGAGAUCCCAGGGAGCUGGUACAUUGACGACCUGCCGCCUAUGAUGUUCAUCAAGGGGAGUGGCUAUGGCGGCGGAUGGACCAACCCCAGAGACAGGUUGAUCGAGCACAUCAAUAAGCACGAGGGCGUGGAAUGGGUCACCAUGGAACAGAUCUGCGACGACUUUAAGAGCAAGAACCCAUAUCCCGCGGGUGCGCUGCUGCCUAGUCCCGCUGUGAAACCUUAA